AUGCUUUUGCUGUUGCUGAAGUUUUUAUUCAGCGUGUUAAUAGAAGUGGAAGAUUUGAGGGAUACUUUGGGAUUUGUUGCUUCUGAGCGACCUACUUUCAAACCUACCUCUACAAAUUAUGAAAAUACUUGUACAACAACUUGCUUCGACUCUGUAGAUACAUAUCUCAAGGGUAUUCAAGAGUCAUGCACUGCAGAUGGUGAUGCUGCACAAGAGUAUGUAGGAGGGACUUCUCCUGAAGCUCUCGUACCGGUAGAGAUUGUUGCCCAAGUAUUUCAACAUACACUUGCGAGAUAUUGUACUACGAGGGCGCAAGUACAAUUUUCAUCCCGAAUCGACUUCGCUAGCUGA